UCCGAUCGCCGACGCACGAAUUGGAGCUUACGAAGACGAGGGUACGGCUGGGGAUUCUGCUUCAUGGGGAAACUGAAAGUUGAUGGUUUUGAAAUGAAAUUCUACAUCGCGUGCAUUGUUGUCACAAUCUUAAGAUCUGCCGUCGAUGGCGCACCAUUAGAAGACAAACCAGAGCUACCCAACGAUAUCGUGCAGAAAUUCACCUAUUUAUUCCAAGUAAACGAAAUUCCGGAUCCGCUGGCUUCAAUGAUUAUGGAGACCGUCGAAGAGUAUUUGUUCGAAUACCAAGAAGACGAUAAUGCCAUUGAUAAACUCUAUCAGGCUCUGUUUGUACUCACAACAACGCCCUCGCCAGUUCCAUGGACGACCACACCCAAACAGGGUGACCGUCACUCAUCCGACCCGGACAGCUCAAUUAUUUUUGAUGACAGCGCCAACAACGGUGACUCAUACGACGUCGCCUUGAGUUCUAAUUCUACAUUUGACACGGGAGAUGAAAAUUUGACCAAACUUACCAGCAAUAGUGGGAAUGCUACAGGUUUCGAAAUGCUAUCAACUAGCACAAUGACUGAAAACAAUUCACAAAACGGCACGAGUAAACAAACAACAACAAACGACCCGAGCAACACAGUCACCCCCAGUGCCUCCAUGAGCAAAAGAACAGAAUACACGAGUAAGCAAGCAGCAUCCAACGACACUGGUAGCACAUUCACCGCCACUGAGUCAGUGAGCGAUAGAACAACACCAUUGUAUGAUACUCAUUCGCCAGACGACAACAGUACACCUGCAACAACCAACGACACAGACAGUACAGCCACUCCCAAUCAGUCCACGGGUAACAGAACAGAAGACGCGAGUAAACAAGCAGUCACUAUUACGACACCAGUUUCACUGAGUGUCACCCCCAGCGCUCCUACACGUAGCAAAACGGUCUCAGCAAGUGAGACACCCAGUUUCGCUGGCGUGUCCUCUUCGACAACCAAUAAAACAGUUGGGAGUGAUAACAUCUACGAUGAUAUAAAAUAGAUAGCCAUUAUAA